CUUUUUGGGUUUUGGGUCCUCAUUUUGUUUGAUAAAACAGAAUUUGAACCCAAUCUGGACGGUUCCACCAACUGAAGGCAGAAUAUGAUACUACUCUCUACAGCUCAUCUUCCGCCACGUGCCCUCGUCUCUCUGUAGUAGUUCUUUUUCUUGUAUAAAAACAGGGCUCAUUUCAUUUCCAUCUCGCAGCAUACACUCAACUCUCGAGAUUUUCAGCAACUUUUCACUCCUUCGCUCUCCUCUCCUCUCCUCCUACCUUGAAACCCCACAUAAGCUUUUCCUUUGUUCUUCCAAUUCUCCUUGUCUGUAGCCUGCUUCGAGAAUUCAAGAGAUGAGUCGUUUCUGGACUUUCCUCACCCACGUUCACGUUGUUGCUGGGCCGGUUACGAUGCUGCUUUACCCUCUGUAUGCGUCAGUGAUGGCGAUAGAGAGCCCUGGUAAGGAGGACGAUGAGCAGUGGCUUGCUUAUUGGAUCAUCUAUUCCUUCAUAACCCUCUCCGAGAUGCUGCUUCAAUCCGUUCUCGAGUGGGUUCCAAUAUGGUACACGGCGAAGCUGGUGCUGGCGGCGUGGCUGGUUCUGCCGCAGUUCAAAGGGGCAGCUUUCUUGUAUGAGCGGUUCGUGAGGGCGCACAUCAGGAAACAUCUCACUAACAAGGGCAGUGGCGCCAAGGGCAAGAGCAAGUUCGUGCAGUUCGUUACCAACAAGAAAGGAGAGCAAGAGGCUUACUGAUUGGAACAACGGCAACAACCAAAGGAACAGACGAAGGACAAACAGAGAAAUCGUUUUAGUAGAAUGGGGGCUUGGUUUGGUUUCCGCUUUCGUUUUAGUUGUUUCUUCUAUUGCAGGCAGCUGCUGUUUUUCUUUUGCAGUUUGAGUUAAGGGAUUGUAAUGUCAACUCAAACCGUUUUUAGGAGCAUAAUUUCGGUAACAGAAGAGGACAAGCAUUCCCACUUUGGCAUAUGAAUAUCAGCAGAGGGUCCUGGACUGGUGAAGAUUGUCGCUCCUGCGACCCGUAAGUCAUCCGAUGCUGUAGACGAAGCCAUUCCCAUUUUGUUGAUCGGGAAGGAGUUACACGUCGUGAACAACCCCUACGACAACAAUGUUUCCGGUGACGAUAUAGCAACUCUCCCUAUUAGUGAGUGAUGAGUAAAUGGCUUGUGGGAGAGGAAACUAUUAUUAUUGGUGAGUUCGUACGAUUUACACGAUGCUUGAACUGUCAAUGCAUUAGUGAGCUUGAGUGGUCACAAACCCCUGGAAUGUUGCG